CCCGCACCUAUAUCUAGGUCUUCCACCCCGACAUCUGCCCCACCUACUGUUUCUUUCGACACCCCCCGAACGCCACCGGGGACUCCGACCAUGUCCUACGUUCCGGACCGUCGCCCGCUGCACAUCGCUGUUCCCCCGCGCGACGCACCCGUGCAGAAGUCUCGUUUCUCUCCCGUAUCGCCUCAGGACACGGCGGCAUCUGGAUCGUCCGCCAUGCCCCUCCGAGCCAAGAGACGAGGCCAGAGCCGCGAUCUUGAGGCGGGUCUACGUGGCGCUGGCGCCGAUUCAAGCGGGUCGCACACCCCGCGUGUGCCGCUGCGCGAGAAGGUCGCCCGGGUCUGGUUCGACCUGCGAUCCAGCGCCCCAGCUUCCAGGAGCAGCAAGGGCAAGGAACCCGAGCUGCCUAUGCAACAUUCCCCUUGGGCGCCCAAGCCGCUGUAUACCGUGCACAAGCAGCAGCAGUCGUACGACAACUCGUACACGGACAGGCGCCACAUAUCCGUGCACAACGAAUACCUUAACCCCGCAGAGAAGAAACAGGCUCGGCGCAAGCGUUGGAUGUGGCGGAUCAUAGUCAUCAUCAUCUGCCUUCUCAUUCUCGGCGACCUCGCGUUUGUCAACGUCCGCGUUGUGCAGAAAUCCUUCUUUUCGUCUUCGACCUCCACAUCCUCUUCCACCUCGUCCUCCUCCACGUCUCCCGCCACUCUCUCCGCUGCAGCUCAGCAGUGUCUCUCUCAGUUCACCGUGGACGCCCCCAGCAACCCGUCCUCGUACCCCUGCUCCACGUGUCUGUCCUCGCUGCAGUCUGUUCCCCUCAACUUCUCCAUAUCUUCCCCGCAAGACGCGCAACAGGUGCAGAACGCCGUCCAAUUUUGCGGGCUGAAGUCGCUCUUCGACGAUGCGGACAACGCCGGGCAGACGUGCUUCACGAAUUGGGGAUGGCUGAAGGACACCGGGUUCUGCGGGUGGCAGCAGGUCAACUGCGAUUCCUACGGUCGCGUAUCCUCACUGAACCUUACGUUCCCCGGCGUCCCCGCCUCGAUCCCGAACGAGUUUGGCGCCCUUACGGGCCUCCGUGGACUCUCGCUUGUCGGCAACGGCGAAGUUCCCGGCGGCUCUCUCCCCUCCUCCUUCAACGCGCUCACACAACUCACCUCGCUCGACAUCGAGGAUAGCGCACUGAGCGCGCCGAGCUCCUCCCUCGUGUCGGCCCUGGGCAACCUCACCACGCUCACGCUCGUCAACAACGGCAAAAUGGGCGAUAACCUUCCGCAGGAGAUUGCCGGGCUGCCAUUGCGAAGCCUGGUCGUCAAGAACCAGCCCGCGACGUCGCUGCUCAGCCCGGUCCUGUCCUCGUCCUCGCUGCAGGGCUCGCUCACGCUGCUCUCGCUUCCAUCCGCGUCGCUGUCGGGCUCGCUUUCGUCGUCGAUCGCGUCGUUCUCGUCGCUCACCGACCUCGACCUGUCGUCCAAUGGGCUGCAGGGAACUCUGCCCAACCUCCCCGGCUCGCUCGCGACGCUCGACGUGAGCAACAACACGGCGUUGGGCGGCAGCCCGCCGUCAGGCGUGUGCUCCAGCCAGACGCUGCAAAGCUGCCAGAUGCAGCAAACCGGCCUGCAGCAAGGCUCUGGGUGCGGAAUCUGCCAAUUCUCCACGACCACAUGAGCCCUCUCUUUUCAUGUUUAUCUCUCACUGCUCUGUCUAUUCUCAUCGUAUCAACCUAAUUCGGCCUCUCCGUUCAUUGGCUAUACUUCCUUCCCAUCUCCUAUGUCGUUCUGCGAACCACACCACA